GAGGUAUCUUGCUAAUUAUCAGUAAAGUAACGAACUUCACCAUUAAUUUACCCGCCCAUCCAACGAAAUGUAUUUGCCCAUGUUUGUAUAGCGAAUGUCAUAAACAGUAACGUUGUUAAACAAACUACCCCCAAACCUUAAACAAAUAUUGAAUUUCAUACCGUCUGCUAGUGGCCGGUGACUUUUAGUGGUUUAAUUACCACCGAGAAUUAGUUGCAGUACAAAAGAACGCUGUUUAAUAUUUCCGCUUCAGCAGUCAUGCAUGUUUUGCAAUGCUAGUUAGUUUUUAGUUUAGUAUAGGCUACGGCGUAGAUUGAAUACUAUGGCAGCAACGAAACGGGUUGUUCUCGUAACAGGAAGUUCUACUGGAAUUGGGGCUGAGAUUGCUAAAGGAUUUGCAAAGGAAGGGGCCUCAUUGUGCAUCACUGGGUUACCAUCCCAGAAAGAUUAAUUGGCAGAAGUUGCGAAAGUUUGCAAAGAUAAUGGAUCUCCGCAUGUAUUGGAAGUAGCAGCUGAUCUAAGAAAACAAGAAGAUAUGGAUUUGUUGAUGAAUGAAACGAUCAAGAUGUUUGGACAACUUGAUGUCUUGGUUAACAACGCAGGAAUCUUGGUAUACUACGAUAUAGAUACGUACACCGGUGAGGACUUUGACAAAAUAUUCAGCGUUAAUGUUAAAGCGCCGACUUAUCUAACCAAGCUUGCUAAGCCUCAUCUUAGCAAAACCAAAGGCAAUAUUGUCAACAUGUGUAGCAUGGUUCGUGAAUGGUAUGUAAAACCUUUGCUUCUGUACGGCAUGACUAAAGCCUCUACUGCCUAUCUAACAAAAUCUACAGCUGCAGACUUUGCCGAGAAUGGAAUCAGGUGUAACGCCGUGUGUCCUGCUGUAAUUGCUGAAACAGAGAUAUUUAAUGGAAUUGUCUCCGAAGAAAUACAACAAUUUUACUACAAAGACGGGGUCACCAAACUACAUGGUCGAGUAACAACUAAAAGUGAAGUUUCAGACCUCAUAAGGUUCCUUGCUUCAGAUAAGGCGACCAUGAUCACUGGAGAGUUGAUUACUAUUGACGGUGGAAAGAUGGUCUUAAUGACGAGUUAAUGAUCAUGUUCAUAAUUUAUUUUAAUCAAAUGUAGUUAGGUGGGGAAGAUGGGGAUCUUUUAUUCUGUUUUCUCGUCCCGUUCGGUGUUAAAAAACACAUUUCAAAAAAUAUGAAACUGAAUCCUCACGACUCCAAUUAACGGUUGUUGGUUGUUUAAAACACGAUCAGUAUUAGUGAACUUGAUGUGCCAAACGUGUCUCGUUUCCUCCCAACCCACAAUAUAUAUGUAUAUUGCAUUUUCUUGAUUUGUAAU